CAUAAAUCGGUUGCUUUAUGUAUUGCUCGUCUUCAUUCAAUAUUGCACUUAACGUAUUCCGUAUCAGAUCAAGCUCGAAUGCGAAGGCCGCUCAGGUGUAUUCAUUCAACGCAUCGAAUGAUAACGAAAAAGCAGAACAGUCGAUUAACAAUACAGUCAAGAUAUGGACUAUGCAAACACAUCAUACACCAACACAAUAGAAGUGUCUACUGAAUAUGUACAUUGUUAGGCGAGGUUUCACAUUAAUCCGAUGGUCAAAGAUUCUCCCUGGUUCCUCAUACCUUCGGUUCUCAUAUUGUUUCUACUUGGCUCUCUGGACAAGCGGCGAAAUGUUUGCAAGACCUUUUGUGAUGGGAGACCUGGUCUACCAAGACCUUUGAGCUUCCUGGACGAGCCACGAAACACUUGGGGCAUCCUGUUUGCUUUUGAUUCGGCAACCACAAACAUAUUACUGGUAAUCCAGGGCUCAUUUGUCGCAAACUUUCCAAUUUGGGCAAAAGUGUUCAUAGUGUACAUCCUUAGCCUGGUGACGAGUCUGAUAUGUUACCCACUGUUUGCCUGUAUGACCUCUCGACACACGCUGAUAGGGGCAAUAACGGGGCUUGCCUACUCGGCAGGAUGGCUUGCCUACCAGAUUUACAGACUAGAUUUGAGUAUAUAUUGCACCAAAAUACUUACUGAAAAUUCAAAUAUUAAUCUUCCGCUGGAACGCGUCCUUAUCUUACAACUUCCGGCAGUGAUCUUUAGCACGUUGGUGCUCGUCAAGUUUAGUUGGAAGCUGUUCAAGUGUGUCAGGAAACAAAGGUUCACGAGGAGUCUUUCAGAAGAGGCCAGACGGAGCAUUUGCAAAAGUUGCGAUUUGCAGUAUGUAAAAGCGUUACUGAUUCGGACUGUUGACUUAAAUAGCGAUGUGAGGAAUGCAUCAGUUCCAAAGAAAAUAUACCAUUACUUAUUGAAGCCAGUGUCUGGCUUUAAAUUUCCAAUCACCAUGAUGAUAACAACCUUCGUCUCGAUUCUUCUUGUUUUCAUCAUUACGUUAUCUCUAGCAUUCAUCGCAACUUUGUUCACAACAAACACUUCCACCGUGGACCAUAUUAAUACAGCCGCUGUUGCCAUUGCGUCAAUCCUUACUAUAAUUAGCGGGAUUCGAUGUGUCUAUGUGACGCUCGUGAAUUACAGACGCGACAUGUUACGUCUGUACAGAGGCGACCGAAGUUUCAUCCCCGAAUCGCUAAGGAAUAUGCCUCCUCAAACAUAUGUUGUUCUAGGGAUGCAAUUUAUUGGGUUCUCUUUAAUCGGUUCGUGUUUGGGCAGCCUUUUGGCAUUCGUUGUCCUCUAUAUUCCGCUUUACCUUACUUUGUUGGUAUUAUAUCUGGUGGAUAAACUUGGGAAACUACACAGCCUUUGGCCACAAUUUGAGUGGUUGAUAUUUCCCGUCAGUUUGUUGAUUAUCUCCAAAGUCCAGGUUGUUCUUGUAAACAAGAUCUUCAUGCAGAAUCGAAUCAACGCCCAUGAUGCUCAUAGGCCUCUUGCUAUCAAUAACAGGGUGGUGUAUGACGUUUUCGCGUUCCUAAUGGUGUUUAUCAACGCAAGCAUCGGACUUGUACAGGUCUUAAAAAGAAUUUUUGUCAGCGUUAUCUACGGAGUGUUUCUUAUUGCCCGGAUGGACCGCAGUUUGUUACUGUCUGGCUACGAGACAAUGGAUGCAUGUUACACAAGCUAUAUCGGCAUGAUCCUGAUGGACGUCUCACACAACCAUCCAGUAAUGCGUGUAUUUUGUCGCAUGGUACACGAUACCAUGGCUUCCAAGACGUCAUUACAUACCAUGGUUACGGAAAACCCAACUUACGCCCGCUCCAAAGGAAGCACGCACUUGGGUCGCUCAACAACUCUUGCUAAACGCCGCUGGUUUCUCGUCUACACCUUGAUACAAAAUCCCGAUAUUCAAAAAUACCGAGUGAAGGGAAGAAGCAGUUUGGCUGUUAGACCCGAAGAUGUGUCCCUGUCUGAAUACCAUUCUCAGUCAACAAAGAACCUUGUCUCGAAUAAUCUUGCUAUUCGGGCACAUUGCCGGAAAUGCAGUGUUCCUCCGACUUUUGCCACCAACCUUUUGAUCGGGUGUGUUCUUGUGUGCUGUGUAAUCUGGUUUGCAGGAAUGACAGUACUGUGGAAUAAUAAAGGCCAACUGUUUGUCCAACUGUUGUUCCAACUGUUCAGCAAACUGUUGGCGUCCUAACUAUGCAUGCAUCGUGUCGCAUGCACACUUCUAUGGCAAUGGCCAUUGCAAACAAUGAACAUUACUGACUUCUUAUACCGAUAUAGGUAUUACCAUUUAUUAAAUGUUAUGUUGUUUUAAGUUGUGUACUUUCAAAACCUGCAAGACCAUUCGAGUGGAUGUGUGUUUUCUUUUUAAAAGCAACAUCUGCAAUCCAUUACAUGUAUUUUAGUUCACUAUGUGCUUGCACUUUGGUUUUAGUUAAAUAAACGUGGUAUAUAAGCAUGCAUAUUAAUGCAUUUUUUGUCGUGUGGUAUUGAUAACUACAGUCAAUCAGUUAGCAAGUGUCAUGACGACUAAAACUGAAUGCAAAUGUUCGUAUGUUAAAUAUUUGCUUGAUUUCUAUUGUUGGUUUGUGUUACAUUUGUAAGUUGUUCUGUCACAUGAAAAUACAUAGCAUAGUUCUAUAAAUCGACAUAUUAAUGGAUAAAGAUUGUUAUGUGUGUACACAAUAAAACACAAUUUUAAACAUGAGCAUCAAUGAUAAAUAACAUACCUUUU